AUGGCGGCUGCCAAAGAGUGCGCUAAACCACAGGCUAAACCGUCCAAGCGGUCAUCACAACAACAGCUUUCCUUGGAGGCUAGUUUGGAAAAUUUAAGAGAGCUAACCAGUUCAUUAGAGACAAAAAAGACCCCAAAGCAGAGCGACUUCUUCCUCUCGUACAAUAGCAGCGGUAAAAGAAUCCGUAAUCCCAAACACAAAUACCGGUCUGUUGCUGAGCGGCGCAAAACAAACAAAAAGCACGCUACUUCUGGCCAAACUAUAAGUGUUACAGGUAAAUUAAUUUUAAUUUUUAUAGAUUAUCCGCCUCACCAUAUACUAUUUGUUGCUUUGUGCUUCAGUUAUGUGUGAUAGCGCUGUUGAAUUAUUAAUUGCAUUUUUAGAGGGGGACCUUGAUGUUUGCUCAUUUGAAUCAGGUAGUGGCUUCGAUUUUGACAUCGAUGAAGGAACAUCUGAUGCCUCUCUAUCAAGAGGUUAGUCUCAUUCCUAUAUACCGUGAUGUUUCACUUCUUGACUACACAACAGUGUGCUGUGUAAUAACAAUAUUUGCUUUAUAUUGGCUUAAAUUUACACUCAUCUGAAUUAUUUUAAUUAUAUGUUGUGAGUCAUGGGAGGGUACAAAAGCUGGACCCCCUCAUCUGGACCCCCAUCUGGACCCCUUUCUGGACCCCUUUCUGGACCCCUUUCUGGACCCCUUUCUGGACCCCCUUCAAAACCUCUCAGAAUAUAAAAUAAAUUCAAAAUAGAUAUUAAAAGGAUAUUUGAUAUAAAUAAUAAUACGAUUUUUCAUAAAUAAUAGAUUUUUAUAAUUUAUUGAAGUUGGGCCUAGUUGCAAAGUAGUCUUUUGUGCAAUAGGUUAGGCAAGUCACUACUUUAUAUUAGAUCGAUCAAAAGAAUAAUUUCGGCCAUGUCAGGGUAUGGCAUAUUUUCAGUUAGGGAUACUGCAUAUUUAGCAUUUUAUUAUUAUUGUGAGUCCACUAUCUCCUUGCAAGAUGAAGUAACAGCAAACUUAUCAGUUUAAUAUCCAUCGGCCAUCGCUUCUCUGAGAUGCCGCACGCGCUGAUUUCAUACUCUUCAUCAGAAGAUUCUCCACCUACCACGGGCAUAUACGUUUUUAAUAAAUUCAUCAGGUGAAAAUUAUUCUCACUAAAAACAAAGUGCUAUAAAUUUGUUCCCGCCAAGUUAUAGCACUUUAUAGGUGGCAUAUACCGUGAACCUCAGACUAUAAGCCCCCCCUCCCGAAUAUAAGCCCCCCACAUGUACUAACGUUCACCUCAUUCCAAAUAUAAGGCCCCCCCCCGAAUAUAAGCCUACCCGAAUAAAAGCCCCCGGCCCGAAUAUAAGUCCCCCAAAUUAAUAUAAGCCAAGUAAUUGCUGCUUAAUAUAUGUUUAUUUUCCUGUUUAUGUCUGACUUGUUUAUUACUAACACAAAAGAUUGUCCAUGUAUAAGCCCCCCCCCCCAUAUAUAAGCCCCCCUUGUAUAAGCCCAUCAAAAAUCGCUUACAGUAUAUAAGCCCAUGGCUUAUAGUCGGUGCAUGGGCUUAUAGUCAGAGUUUACAGUAUGUUUGCUAUUACUUCAUAUUGCAAGGAGAUAGUGGACCCACAAUAACAAUAGAAAAUGCUAAAUAUGAUGCUGUCUAUCCCUAACCCUAACUCAAAAUAUGCCCUACCCUGACAUGGCUGAAACUAUUCUUUGACUUAAAAUAAAAGCUUAGUGAAUUGCUUAAAAACUAAAAUCUAAAGACUACUUCUCAACUGGGCAGACUAUUGCACAAAAGACUACUCUGCAACUAGGCCCAACUACUUCGAAUCCAUAAAUUAAAAUAUAUUAUUUAUGAAAAUAUUUAAUCGUCUUAUAAUUUAUAUCAAAUAUCUCAUUAUUCUAUUUUAAUCACUAUUUUGAAUUUAAUUUUUAUUCUGAGAGAUCCUGAAGGGGGUCCAGAUAGGGGUCCAGAAGGGGGUCCAGAUGAGGGUCCAGAUGGGGGUCCAGAUGGGGGUCCAGAUGAGGGGGGAUCCAGCUUUUGUACCCUUCUGUGAGUGAUGCUCCUUUUUUAAUAGCUGGGUUUCAGUUACGUGAUACAUUUAGGGCUUGGUGGUCAACUCCAAAUGGGAACACGUUUAUCAAAUUUAAUAUAUAUAUUCAUUAUAUUAAAUAUUGAUCUUGCAGUGUUUGGUAUCAAAUAUUAUGCAAUUUAAAAUUUACUUGCUUCUAAAGGCACAAGGCAUAUGUGUAAAUUUGACCACCAAGAGUUUCCCUAUUGUAUAUAAAGUCUUGAGUGAAACCCACCUAUAUACUGCUUCCAAAGACUAUUGAUUAUCAUUAUGUGUUUUACCUAAAUUAGUUGAUCAUGAAAUGUUUGAUCUUUAGAUUGUUUUGAAUUCUUUAGCUCUAAUAUGAGUAUGUAAGAGCUAUAUGUAGCUUUCUGUAUAAUGAAACUCAGCAUGAUUUGUGUGGUACAAGCAGUCUAUCUUCUUCAUAUGCAAAGUUAAUAAAUCUAUUAUUUAUUGUAGAAAAUUUGACUACCUGCAUAGCAAAUUGUGAAAGUUUGACCAAGGAGAUGAAGUCCAAUACCCAGUCCAUGUGGACAAAAAGAAUGCAGUCUGUGGAAGCUGUUUGGGAAAACAGUAGAUCUACCAUAUUUGCUGCUGUUUUGAAAAGCCAUGCAACUCCUAACAUUGAGGCUGUUUGCUUCAUGUGCAGAGAAGACAGAGCUGUUGUUCGGUGUCGCCACUGUGGACCAACUGCAUUACUUUGUAGUAAUUGUGAUGAGGCGACUCAUGAGACAAACCCUUUGCAUGAUCGUGAAAUUUGGAUUAAUGGCUUUUAUCAGCCAGUUCCUCCAACUGAAACAGUUUUGACAGAUGGAUCUCCAGGCUUUAACAGUAAGUGAUUAGUGUAUUAAUUUUAUUAAUAAUUCAAAAAAUUAUCAUUCAUUUGGUAAUAUUCAGAAGCUGACUGUAUUCUACUUUUAAGAGCACAUUAAUACCAGAGACUAGUAGACUACUACAGUUGGCUACUACAGUUGGCUACUACAGUUGGUGAAUAUUAUUUGAUCUGGUGUUCAAAAAUUGUUAAUUAACUAGUUAAUGCACCUACAGUAUGUCACCAAUUAAUACAAAGAGUUUUGAAAUAUUAUGUAUUAACCCAUUGAGUCGCAUUGCACCCUGAUGCACCUACUUUAGUAUUUUACUCUGUCAGACGAUUUUACUCAUCAAGGGGAGUGAGCGCUGGCACUUAAUGGGUCAACUGGCCUAUCCGCCCAUGUGUCUAGUUAACCCAUUUUACUCUGUCUAACACCAGACGACUUUACUCAUCAAAGGGAGAGCACCGGCGCUUAAUGGGUUAAUAUAGCUACUGUAUGUAUGUAUGCAUGUAUAUAUGAUUUGAUACAAUAAUUUGAGGUAUUUACUAUUUAAACUUAACUACUGGUACAGUAAUCAUGUACUGUAUACAUGUGCUGUAUACUGCACUGGGUAGAAUAAUAACAUACUAUUAGACUGAUUAAAUAUUUUCGUCUAUAGGAAGAUAUGCUCCAUUUUUGUUCUGUAAAGAAUGUAUUUAUUGCAAAGGGCAAGAUACACUUUCCAUCAUUCCCUCUAAUGAAAUGUGCAUCCUUAUAACAGUUAAAGGUAUGACUUUGCAUAGUGUAUACUUAAGUAUUAUCAGUAUAUGAACUCCAAAAUUGUGGUUACUAUUAAUCUUCAAUAUUUUAUUGCAGGAAGAUUUGAUUUGUAUUUAUUCACAUACAGCUGUACUGGUUGUGAUCAACAGUUCUCACCAUUGACACUUGAGAAGAUAAUUAAUGAAGGGUAUUGGCCAGGUGGUCCUAAGAAUCUUAAUUAUAUCUUCUGUGAAGAUGUGUUCAGGGUUUGGGAUUCACUACGAAAGUACAUGCCAGGCACAUCAGAGACAGCAUUUCUCAAGUCCUUGGCCUCCAUAUCUAGUGAAAAGGGCAGGGUUAGUAAAUCAUAGUACUGAGGUUACUGUAGUCCCAUACAAAUAAUAAAUUAAUAAUACAAUUAGCAAAUCAUUGCUAUACCAGAUAUCCAUCCCAGAAACCAGAUGUUUACCAUUAUUUAGGGCUGUAAUGCAAACUCUGUUUUUUUUCACCUCUGGUGAAAAAAACUCCAUUUACGGCCAAAAAUCUCCAGUUCCAACAGAAAAUUCCUAUCUCUGGCAUGCAGGGAAUAUUUGAAAUUGAUAUACAUGCAAAGCACAUGUCUCAAGUGGUAUUUGACACUAGAAUCUCUCUCUCUCUCUCUCUCUCUCUCUCUCUCUCUCUCUCUCUCUACCUGUAACAUGUUAUUUUAAGAAUUACUUUACCUAAGUCAAUAAUUAUUAAUAAUAUGAUUUGAAUUUGUUUAUAGAGGUGAAAGGAAAUGCUAUUAUGAAAAUACAUUCAUUGAAGAUGAUGAAGUUGUAGAGGAACACUUGAACAAAAUUUAUUCAAACAAAUCAGCUAAAGUAUGAUCAUGAUAUGUGAAGAAUCGUGAAGAGUGUAAUGAUGCAUGAUGGUCACAAAUUUUGCAGAAGAGACUUUUGAAAUUCUAUUAUAAUGUAGCAAAACAUAUAUAAGUACUGUAUUAUUAUAAUAUUCAAUAUUUCCAGGGUCACUCAAAUAAUUCCUACUGUGGUUCAUCUCAUUGGAAAGCUGCGAGAAAUACAAUCAAUCGUCAAUCCAAACUAGAUGAAACUGGUCUUGUUGUAGCAGGCUGUCGACAUUCUCUGGCUCAAUGUGCUGUAAAUAUGCAUCAAGGCGAACUGUAUGGCUACACACAUUAUUUGCAGAUCAACAGACUCGUUCACCAUAAUGUUAAGUUCCUAUGGCAAGAUGUGAUUUGUAAAUACUGGCCUUGGUUUACUUCUCUUCCUAAAGAUUUGUCACCUGACGAAGCCUUUUCGAUGGCACCAGCCCUCUCUAUCAUGCAUGGUAAAGCUCAUGUUUGGUCGUGCCAGGUAUUUUUUAACAAAUUUAAAGAAAGUUUGAUAAAAGGAGAAUCAUUCAAAUUGGAGAAUCGGAUAUCAAAUUUGACUGUGCCGUACUGUACUACUGCAUAUAUAUAUAUUAUAUCUUAAUAAUACAUUUUGCUAUGAGGAAAAACAUUUGGUUCAGUGCCUUUUUAAGGAUGUGCAACUGGAGAGGGCAUAAUUAGCGGGGGACCUGGAGAAGUUCCAGUCGGCAAGUCUGUAUCCAGGGCCGUAGCUAGCAUGUAUAGUUGGGGGGGGGGGGUGUAGGCCAAAAAUUUCCGAAUGACGAAAAUAAUUUCCGAAUAUAUCAUGGCAUACUAUUAGCCAUGAAGGUGUUUGCUACUCGGAAAAUGAAGACUUAAUUUACAAUUAACAAAAAUAUGCAUAAUUUACGCACAGACAUAUUACAGAAGCAGUGCGGUAGGGAGCUUUUGUUUAUUGGGGGCAGAAAACGAGGGCCGGAGGCCCGAGGAAAUUUUUAAAUUUCGAGUCUCUGAAAUGCCAUUUCCUGGACUUUGGGGAAGUUUUGACAGAAUGCUGAUGGUCAGAAAAAAGCGUUUUAGUAUGACGAAAUUUACAAUUUGCUUACAAUUUAUAGUGACAAUACAAUUUUAUAAUAUUUUCUCUGUUUAACAACUAAAAUUUUGUUCUACUAUUAAAUAAUUGCCGCAAUUUUCCAAAUGGCCAACCCGAUUUUCUGAAUAUGUUGAUUCUAAAAAAGUUGGGGGGGGGUAACCAUCCCCAAUACCCCCCUUGCUACAGCCCUGUCUGUAUCACUGCAGCUACCUACAGCAUAUAUAUGCAUGGUUUAACUAAUACGUAUACGUCAUAGGGCAGCAACAACUGAGUCGACCACCGAAGGUGCGAGCCUCUAGAGGGGUCUGGGGGCAUGCCCCCCCGAAAAUUUUGGAGUUUUUGAAGCUCAGACAGUGGCGCCGUGGCCGGGGGCAGGGGGGGCAUCCCCCCCUACCGUGAAGACCCGUCGGAAAAUUGUGAAUGUUGUCGGAAAUUUUUGGAAAAUUGACAACUUGUCGGAAAUUGGCAAAAUUUCCGACGUUGGUAAAUUCAUUUCCGACGUUGGAAAAUCAAACCAGCUGAUCUUCUGGGACUGGUCAAAUCGAUCCCUGCAACCAUGCUGUUUUGCAACAUUUUUUCCCACCAAAUACUGGGGCAGGAUAUUUUUUCCCCAGUUUGUUAGUGCAGGUAUUUUUUUUGUCCAGAAUAGCCUUGCAGGAAAUUUUUUUUUCAAAAUCACCCCCCCCCCCUCAAAAGUUAAAUGGGUGAAACAUUCCAUCUUUCACCUCAUGAAAAUAUUCUUACCAUUGCACUCAUAAACAUUCAUUAUUUGUAUAUUAUAUAUUAACUACACAGCUAGUCUGUCAAAAAACAAUACCUAAACACAUCUUUAUCAAGGAAAAUAAAGCCAACAUUUGUAAGAUACAAUAUAUACAGUACCUGAAGGUAACUUGAUCGUUGUAUUCAAUGACGCACUAUCUGUAGUGGUGGGCCCUGUGGUAGGUGAGGAAGAAAGACUAGUGGAAAAAGGUGGAUCAAUGAAAGGAGGAUGA